AUGGCUCCGCUGAAGAUAAUUGGAGCAGGCUUUGGUCGGACAGGCACUCUGAGUCUCUGCCAUGCUUUGGACAUGCUCGGAUAUAACUGCCAUCACAUGCAAAAAGUCAUUCUUGACCCAUCGCAAGACCCACAGGCUUUUGAAGCCGCGUACCACACUCGAACUGCAGACUGGGACAAGAUCUUUGCCAACUAUGACGCGGCAGUAGACUGGCCAGCUGCUGAGUUCUGGCCUGAGCUUCUAAAGCAGUACCCAGAUGCCAAGGUGAUCCUUACUGUGCGCGACCCAAACGACUGGUAUGCAUCCGUUGGUAAAACAAUCAAGGAAUGGCCGAUGGAUCCUACCAUCAGUUGGCCAGAACGCAUGAUCAAGACUAGAGCUAUGGCGCGUGUUAUUGUCAAAGAGGGAGCUCUCAAGGACUACCCAGACAAGGAUAAGAUGAUUUCCCAGUUUAUGGAAAAUAUUGAGCGCGCCAAGGAGAUGGUCCCAAAGGACCAGCUUCUGAUCUUCCGGCCCAGCGAGGGCUGGGUUCCUCUCUGCAGGUUCUUGGAUAUAACCCCGCCAGAUUUCGAAUUUCCUCGUUUCAAUCGUGGCGAAGAUUUCGUGGAUAGAAUGCACUGGCUGAGAGAGUCCAUCGAGACCGGCAAGUAUCUUGCGGCAGU